UUGGGUGUGUCUGUAUUCUCCAGUGGCGCCAGAUUCUGCUGCAGGUGACCACCACUACCAACUAUAAGCGAAUAAACGAGACCUGUUACGCUCACUUCACACAAACUCCAGAGCGCCGGAACGCCGCCGCGAUGCCUCCCCCCGGCGCGUGCCUGAGCAUCAUGGAGGCUCGCCAGAAGCAAAAAGGUUACGGGACCUUGUCCAACCCGGGCAAGUUGUUUAACCAGGACUACGAGCAGCUCAAACAGUACUGCCUCACCCGAGGAGUCCGCUACGUUGACCCCGUGUUCCCCCCCGACGCAGUCUCCAUCGGCGAAGGGAUGCUGAGCCCCUCCGACCUGGCCCGCGUGCAGUGGCUGAGGCCGAUGAAAUUGGCUCCUUAUCCAAACUUCAUUUUGGACGGCGUCUCAAGGUUUGACGUUGGUCAAGGAGUAAUUGGAGACUGCUGGUUUAUCGCAUCUAUCGCAGCUCUGACGUUCCAGCAACAAAUCUUUGAAAAGGUUGUUCCCGUUGAUCAGACAUUUGAUGCAAAAUACUGCGGGCUGUUCCACUUCAGGUUCUGGAGAUUUGGGAAGUGGGUGGAUGUCGUCAUUGAUGACAAGCUGCCAACAAUCGAUGGGAGACUCCUCUUCGCUCACUCCAAAGACCAAAAUGAGUUCUGGCCAGUUUUGAUGGAAAAAGCUUAUGCCAAAGUGUGUGGCUCCUACACCGACAUGGUAGCCGGGACUCCCGCAGAGGCCAUGAUGGACUUCACAGGUGGCGUUCACCUGUGUGUGGAACUGUCGGACCCCCCCCCCAACCUGUGGGAGCUGAUGUGCAGGGCUGGACAGUCCUCGUCCCUGAUUGGGUGUGGGACGCCUCAGGGGGAGACACCUGACAACAACAUAUUGCCCAAUGGAUUGGUCCAAGGCCAUGCCUACACGGUCACAGGGAUGAAGCAGGUCACGAGCCGAGGGAAACCAGUAAGGCUGCUGCGGUUGUUGAACCCCUGGGGCAGAGGAGAGUGGACCGGAGACUGGAGCGAUCGGUCAUCGCUGUGGAAAACCCUGAGUGCUGAAGCCCGUCACGCGCUCCUCUCAGUUGUAAAUGAUGGAGAGUUUUGGCUGACCCUGGAGGACUUCUGUAAGUUCUACUCGGAUCUGGAUAUCUGCUCACUGUCGCCCAGCUUCCUCGACGGAAGCUCCUCCCGUCAGUGGGAGACCACCGUGCACGAGGGCCGAUGGGUCGCAGGAACAACUGCCGGGGGAUGCUCAAAUAACAGAGACAGUUUCUGGACCAAUCCACAGUAUCGGAUCAAGAUUGCUGGGGAAUAUUCAGGGAGAGAUAACGAUAAAAAUGUGCUGUUGUCUCUCAUGCAAAAGCACGACAAGAGGAACAGACACCUGAUCCAAAACCUCCACAUUGGAGUCUCUGUGUUUGAGCUGAGUGAAGGAACACGAACUGACAUCUAUGUAUGUAUGUAUGUAUGUAUGUAUGUAUCCCUACAGCACAAGGCACUGAAGGGGAAGUUCCCUCCAUCCUUCUUCAACCAGACGCCUGCCGCCCAGACUAAAAGCUACCGGGACGCCCGUGAGGUGGUGGAGUUCCUCGCGCUGAGGCCGGCUGAGUACCUGAUCGUACCGUCCACCUUCAGGCCCAACGAGGCGGCCUCCUUCACGCUGACCAUCAUCACCAAGGAGCCCACCCACAGCUACGAGAACUCAGGGAACCAAGAAGUGGAGCCGGUGGGAAUGCUCAAACAGACUGCAAAUGUGGAAGAAGAAAAGAGGAGGAAAACACUUUUCCACCAGAACUCGGACAGGGUAAAUCUAUGCUUGCUAACUAGCGUUUUUGAAGAAGUGGAUGCUGAAAAGCUGCAGAUGCUCCUAAAUGAAAAAGUCCUAAAAGGAGACUUGAAAUCAGGAGGCUUUAGCAUCGAGGCCUGUCGCAGCAUGGUGGCUCUGAUGGACACAUCCAUCUCAGGCAAACUGAACAGUGAGGAGUUUGUUCGUCUGUGGAAGAAGGUAGUCACAUACAGGGACAUUUUCUUCCUCACGGACGUCUCGCGAACCGGAUCGCUGUCACUGAGCGAGCUGAGGAAUGCUUUUGCAGCUUCAGGAAUGAGGCUCAAGGACGACAUGCUGAGUCUGAUGGCGCUGCGCUACGGCGCCUCCUCUGGACACAUCACCCUGGAGAGCUUCAUCAGCCUCGUCCUCCGCUUGGACUGCAUGAGCAAAAUCUUCAAACGGCUGUCUGAUGGAAAAGAAAUGACCCUUCAAGAGUCAGAGUGGAUGUACAUUUCAAUGUACACUUAACUCAACGUGGAGGAUGGACGGCCCAAAUCACCCGGAGAUGCAGAAAAAGAUGUUUUGAAACAGGGUUCUUUUAUUUACUAAAUUGCAUGAUGGAUGGUAAUUGGUAAAUGUUAAUUCCCUUGUACUAUAUGAAUGUACUCGUGUAUAUAUAUGUAUCCCAUUACUA